GCGCGCGUGUGGAGCUCGAGCGCAGACGGACAGUGUGACCGGGGUUCCUCUGUAGAUCCUGCAGGAUCGACGGAUCCUCUCUUCUCCUUCUUCCCUCCGCUGUGACACUGAGGACUGAGCAGGAGGAGGUCACACGGCUUUUCCUCGGCAGGAGGCGGCACUCUGAAAGGUGGAUAAUGCGCGGAGAGUCAUGCUCCCUGUGGAUUUGUUAUCCGCCGGCGCUCGUGCGGAUCGUUCCUCGUUGUGCCAUAAACACGCACGUCUGACUUUAUCUAUUUAAAACACUAACCAAGUCAAUAACAACGCACUGCAAUGGAAAUCUGCGCUAAAACUUAUCGCUAAAUAUUGAAAGUAAGCCGCGCAUCAUUAAAGCGCAUCUCUUUCGAAUUGUUGCGCAAUCUCCAGGAACCAGAGCAUGCCAUGAUCAUGAUCUUGAUCAUGACCGGAUUACCUUUUCCUCAGAUCAGCCUUUUUCUGCUGAAGAAGACAGCGUUUAUCCCGUGAAACUAGCCUACUUAAUCCAGGAGUGGGACAAGAUCUAUCUCCUUCUCUCUCUCUCUAUCUCUUUCUCUACCUGCCAUCAUUGCAAGCUGAAGGGAAGCGCGCAGACCAGAGACAGGAGUGCAGUUUGGGUCUGGCAGGAUUGGCAGAAGAAUGCUGGUCCCAGGCAUCCAGGGGCAGGAUGGCGUCGUGUUGGCAGAGCGCUCUGGGUGUUAGAUGGUUCCUCUUGAUGCUUGUGUGGCGCUGGGCACCACUGGGUGCUCUAAGCUGGCUCUUAGCCUCAGCUGAGCGCCCUGAGUCUUUAUCUUUCUCCCCUCUGCCUGGCAAGGCAAGUGUGGCUCAGCUGGACUGGCUGCUGUCUGACAAGGGUCCCUUUCACCGGUGCCCGGAGUACACUGAGUUCAAGGAACGCUUUCAGCAGGGUUUCUCAACACGUUAUAAGAUCUACAGGGAAUUCAGUCAUUGGAAAGUGAACAGCUUGGCCACAGAGAAGAGAGAUUUCUUCAAGGCUCCGCUGCCUCUGUCUCCUGAAUUCCUUCGCAACCUCAGGCUACUUGGAAGGAGGCCGACACUCCAGCAGAUCCAUGAAAACCUGAUCAAGAAAUACGGCACUCACUUUUUAGUAUCUGCUACACUUGGGGGCGAGGAAUCUCUCACUAUCUUCCUGGACAAACAGAAGCUCAGCAAGAAGUCUGAGGUCAACGGCAACAGCUCGACGGUGUCUCUGGAAAUCCUGCACCAGCUGGCUGCAUCCUAUUUCACAGAUAGAGAGAGCACCCUCAGGAGGCUUCACCAUCUACAGAUCGCCACCUCAGCCAUCAAGGUAACAGAGACCAGAACAGGGCCUCUGGGAUGCAGUAACUACGACAGCCUGGAUUCUGUCAGCUCAGUGCUGGUGCACAGCCCGGAGAAUAAAAUCCAUCUGAAAGGUUUACAAGAUGUUCUUCCUGACUUCCUGCGCAACCGCUUCGUGGAGGCAGCGCUCAGCUAUGUGGCAUGCAAUUCUGAAGGUGAGCUCUUGUGCCGCAACAAUGACUGCUGGUGCCGAUGUUCUGCCAAGUUCCCUGACUGCAACUGCCCCUUCUUGGAUAUCAGAGCCAUGGAAGAGAGUCUUCGAAAGAGCAGGGAGACCUGGUUCACCUUGAACAAUGACUUUAUUGAGUCAGAUGAGUUUAAGGCCUUUCUGAAGAAGCUGCCCACUGAUCGAUUUUUGAACACAUCAGCUAUUUUGAAGUUCUGGAGUUUGGACACGGCCUUGCAGAGACGCCACACUCAGCUGGAGACGAGCACUAAACUAAUCUUAGGCAAAGCCAACAAAAUUGUGCGGAAACUCUUUACGCUUAGCAAGCGCUGUCCCAAACAGCCAAAGAUCAGCCUGCCCAGAGAAAGGACACUGGGUUUCUGGUUGAACAGAGUUCAGUCUCUGCUGUACUGCAACGAGCAUGGGAUUCUGGGCUCCUUCUCAGAGGAAGUGCAUUACUGCUUGUGUCCUACAGAACAGGGCAGCUCCUGCCAGGGUACGGUUCCUUGUCAGGUGGGUGAGGGCACAUUAUGUGCCUUAUGUGCCCCGGACAAUGUCACCCGCUGUGGCAUAUGCAUGCCUGGGAGCUUCCUGCAGCUGGGUUCAUGCCGGCCAGCCGUGGCCAUCUCCCUGGACCACUAUGUGAACUUUGACUUGGACAUGGUGGAUGCAGAGGCACACCACCUGCUGCAGCGUCUGGAUGGGCGUCUGGAGGUGCGCGCGAUCUACAUUAGCAACGACGUGCGCUUGGGAAGCUGGUUCAACCCAGCGUGGCGCAAGCGUAUGCUGCUUACACUUAAGAGCAACAAAAACAAGUCCAACCUGGUGCACAUGCUCAUGGGAAUCUCUUUCCAGAUCUGCACCACACAAAACAGCACGCUAGAGCCUGUGCCUGCCAUAUACGUCAACCCGUUCGGUGGAAGCCAUUCGGAGAGCUGGUUCAUGCCCGUCAAGCAGAACGACUUCCCUGACUGGCAGCAAACUAAACUGGAUUCGGCACUGCCAUGCCACAACUGGACACUGAUGCUGGGCACCAAAUGGAAGUCCUUCUUUGAGACAGUGCAUGUCUACUUGCGCAGCCGUAUCCUCACAGAUGACCCAAGUGUCAACGAGACACUCUUCUACGAGCCUUUGGAAAUGGACUCGGCUAAUCUGGGGUACAUGAAGAUCAACAGCCUGAGGGUGUUCGGUUAUAGCAUGCACUUCGACGCCGAUGGUGUCAAGGAGCUGAUCUCUCAGUUGGACUACCCAUACACACAGGGCACGCAGGACGCUGCCUUCUUGGCACUGAUGGAGAUCCGCGACCGUGUAAACCGGCUCUCACCACCCGCCGAGCGCCCGCUUGACCUCUUCUCCUGCCUGCUCCGCCACCGGCUCAAGCUCUCAGCCAGUGAGGUGACGCGUGUCCGUGACUCGCUUCGCAGCUUCGGUGCCAAGCUGCCCAGCUCCUCCAAACCUGAACUCGCCCAGCUGUGCAGCUAGCUCACAUCAUUCUCUGCUGCCUAUGUGUGUGUGUGUGUGUGUGUGUGUGUGUGUCUAAGAGAGAGAGAG